AUGGAUGCAGAAAUUUCCAUGAUCGAGAAAAACAAGACAUGGGAGCUUGUCGAUCAACCUGAGGACAAGCCGGUCAUAGGUCUAAAAUGGAUCUACAAGGUCAAACUCAAUGAAGAUGGUUCUAUCCAAAAGUACAAAGCUCGACUGGUGGCAAAAGGCUAUUCACAACAACCCGAUAUUGAUUUUCACGAGAUAUAUGCACCAGUAGCGAGGAUGGAGACCAUCUGA